AUGUACGCCGCGAGGACUUCUCUCGAGAUCGCCCCGAUCCUGUCGGUCAUCGAAGCGGACCUCGAGGACAUCGUCUUUCCGAUCAACUUCAACUCGGUGUACAGUCUCAAGCUCAACGCUCUCCAAAACGUGACAAAGAUAUUGAUUCGCACAUGUGCAGACGACGGGAGUCAACGUUCGCGCAACAUCCGGAGAUACUGCGAGGACAACACGUGGGAGCACUACCUCGGCGACCUCGUGGACCACUUCACGACCGACGACAUUGCUCAGCUGGCAGCCGAAGGCGAGGCAGCGAUUCCGCCACGAUCGCCACGCUGGGAGGACUUGCCAACUUCAUACUCCGAGUAUGUGGAGGAAGAGCUCGAUAAGCUAGUCAAUGCCCCGGGUACCGAGUGCGACCCUGUCCUGGCGCUCAUUGAGCGCAACCUCGAUAACAUGCUGGAAGCGGCAGAGGAGGGCGGCAGCGAGGCCAAGAUCGAGGUCCUUACCGCCAUGACGACAACCUUGCUUUCGACCUGCAUCAGCGGCAAGGACCCCCAGUCACGGGCCAUACGGAAAUACUGUGACGCCCACGGGUGGGGAGACAAGAUUAUCGAGCUCGUCGACGCCUUCACGGAAGACGACAUGGACGCCAUCGGCCACGAAGAUGGCGGGGAAUAUCUCCCUGGCAUGAGUGAGGAGGUUAGGGAGGCACGCGCCCCGGGCACGUAUAGUGUCCUCAAGAAGGUCAAGCAGGCGUGGAAGAUCAUAAAGGAGGAGGCGCCAGAGGUUGACGACGACCCGUUUUGGUAUGCGCUCCUCGGCGACGCUCCAACGACCGAUGUCCGCUCGCUCCUGCUCGACGCGGCGGUCGCGCACCCGGAUGUAGGCGAGCAGCUGGCAGUGUACGCCAAGGCGCACGCCCCCGACGCCGUGGGCGUGGUUGGGGUGUCCGCGCUCCCCGGCAGGAACUUUGACCGGUACGCCGUCGCGGCUCGCACCGUCCUGGGGCUGCUGUACGAGAGCAAACGCGAGACAUACGACCAAGUCACGCCUGCACUGCUCGACAUCGAGGCGAGCCUCGACGACAUGGUCGACCGCGUCCAGACAGGCGAGUACCGCCUCAUCCUCAGCGCGCUCGAGAACAUGUGCCGCAUCUUUGGGGCCGUGUGUUCCCUGGGCGAGGGCAAGCUGGGCAAGGAGACGCGGCGGAUCGUCGUGAAGAACAGGUGGGGCGCGAAAAUCACAGAAGUCGUCGACCAGUUCUCCGACGACCAGUUCUCCGACGACGACUAUGUGCGCCUCGCGGCCGAGGAUAACGGCUGGUGGGUCGACAAGCACUUUGCGCCGGCUGUGCACUAUGCCGAGACGUUUGGCAUGUUCGACGAGGUGAUCCAGGCUUAUGAGGAGUUGCUCGGGCGCACGGGUCUGGAUAGUGACUCGUCGGUUGAAGGAGAAUCGGAGGGUGAAGACAGCGGGAUCGUCAUGCCUUCGACGGCCAAGCCAGCUACGUCCCGCGCGCACAUCCGAGCCCUGCUGGAGACGAUGGACGCGAGCACGCUGCGCGCGCUCCUCCUCGAAGGAUGGGAGUAUCCUGCUGUCGCGCGACGGAUCGAAGUGUACGCCGAGGCGCAGAAGCAGCGCGAGGCAGCCGCCACCGAGGCCAAGCAAGAGCUCGAAGCCAGCCCGCCGAUAAACUUUGACGAGCACGCCGCCGACGCAGCUUUCCACCUUGGCGACAAGUACGCGCGCGAGCCACCACGGAUACAGGUCAACAAGGCGUUCGACGUCGCGCGCCACGUGGAACACCUGCUCGACGACAUAGUCGACCGGACGCGCGCCCAUGCGAACUGGGGCACCAAGCUGAGCGCCGCGACCAACAUACGCCGGGUGUACGACGCGCUCCUGUCACAACGGCACGACGAUUACAUCCCCCAGCAGGUCCGCAGUGCCGCCACGUGGUGGGGGCAGAAGAUGGGCGCCGUGCUCGGCUUGUUCAGCCCCGCCGAGCUCGAUAAGCUUUCGGACGAGGAGGGCGGGAGCUGGUUCCAGAAGCUGAGGGUACUUGCGCGCAAGGCGAAGACGCUGGGAACGCUCGACGGGCUCGAGGACGAGGUUGGGACGGUGUUUGUCCGGGUCGCGGCUGGGUCUACGGAGACGGAGGAGGCACGAGAGGAGGGAAGGAAGCUCUUGCGAACCCAGUGGGAGGCGACCCUCUCUCGCAUCCCGCCGGAGUCGAUGCGCGACCUCCUCGUCAAGGCAGCCCUGGAGCACAAGGAAAUGGCCAAAGCCAUCACGGCCGCGGCAACCGUCGAGAACUUUGACUACUACGGUACCAAGCUCAGCGCGGUCGAAAACAUGCGCAAGAUCUUCGAGGCCCUAUGUACCAGCGAGGGCGAUUUCCCGGACAAGGUGCGCAGCUAUGUGAACCGCCACCUGGGGGCAGAGAUGGUCAAAGUGCUCCGCGGCUUCUCAGCCAAAGAGCUCGACCAGCUUGCCAGCCACGACAUCGGGGGCACAAAGUGGAUUGACAAGCUGCACGAAUUGGCAAAGAUCGCCGAGGCACACAGUUUCCUCAAGCUCGAGAAGGUGGUGCAUGUUGCCACGGGCGGCGAGUUGGAGAAGUACUGA